AUGUCUCAGGAAGCAUAUCAAGCCGAGAAAGACCUCAACUCGUACCAGGCAAAGACCGGUAGAGGAGGGAAGAACAUCAGCGAUACCGCCCAAGAAACCGGCGUCGAUGCAGGUGCAGAGAAUAAGUUCCCAGGCGCACAGGUGAGGGUAGGACCUGGCUCGACGGCCAGCGGGAGUGAUCACCGGGUUAUUCCGCCAGAAGAGGGUGGUGAGAUCGAUGACCAGGGACAGUAA